AUUCCUUAUUCAAACAGCUGAAACUAUUGAUUGACCCGGUGCAAAGCAUAAUACGAAAAUCAUAACAACUGUGUCCUGAUUUUAAAAAUCAGUAACCUCUGACAGUUUGUACUACCGUAAAAUGAUAGAUUGUUUUAAAAAGCCUUUCGAACCUGAUAAACGUAAACGAAUAGAAAUAACUUAUAAUACCCAGACCACAUUGUAGAGCACAUUAUUAAUAAAAACCAGUAAUUCAACCCAAUCUAUCAGCGUGGCGUGUAAAUUACUCACAAAAGUUCUUCAGAUUUUAAAUUCGAAAAUGUCAUAUAAAAUUUCUAUGAAAAAUGGCAUCAACUGCACUGAAGCUCAGUGGAUUAAAAGUAAUAACCUAGUGGACACAAGUGUUAAAUUAGCGGGAGAUGAAGCCAAAGACCGUCUUUAUGAACCGAAACAUAAAAAGAAACUAGUUCGAGUUUUAACUGUUAUCGCCUAUGUGUUCUUCGUUUCUUUAGCGGCGAUUAUGCUAUCGCUAUACUAUGUAUUUUUGUGGAAUGGUGGACAAAAAAAUAUGCCUAAAUAUACUGUGGAACCUGAAGCGCAAUUAAACUGUAAUCACAUUGUGGCAGAAAUGCAACAACAAAUAACUGAACUUAAAGAAGACGAAAUAUUUUCCACAUCCUCAACUGCCGACGAAAACACAACUGCUCCCGAAUAUGAAGUAGACUUUGGGAAGACAAGUACUUUCAUGAAAAAAUUAAUGUAUAAUGAUCCUUAUGCGGAAAAUGACUAGCUUACGCCAGGUACUUCCUGUUGACUCUCCUGAAUAUGUUUACUUUGUGUCUUUAUUUUUACGUAAUAGACUAUCCCUUUAGCUAACAUUUUGAUAUUAGGUAAUUUUAAUUUGUUACUUUUGUAAACGUUAUUAUGUUUUACACGAUUAUAAUGAAAAUAUACGAUUUAUGUAG